CUGUGCACCUCACAUAAUCAGCUCUCAGUACGUUGUGCCAUAUGAAUUUAAUGUUAUAGUCGACAGACAUCGCAAUGGAGACCUUGUGAUCACAAACAUUAAGAAAAACACCAUGUUCACAAUAAAAUCAUGUGACACAAUGUUCCAUAGUCAGCGUUUACUACAGGAUGACUGUGGAAGACCAAUUGCAAUGCUUCGGGCUAAGAACAUGACGGCCCAUUCUCGAUGGAAUGUAUUUAGGGGUCAAAGUAAAGCCGAUUCAGAUAUGAUAUUCAGCGCUGCAACAAAUGACAUAAUCCAGCAUCGGUACACCCAUGUAAACAUAUCCUUGGCAAACAAAAGGAGUGGCAGUAAUGAUUGUGAUUUCCAGAUCAAAGGAUGCUGGUCGGACAGAAACUGCACUAUUUACAUGGGAGAUUCUUCAACAACUAUUAUAGCCCAAAUGCAUGUUGGGCAAUCACCGGAAAAAUUUAUGGUGACGAUUUAUCCUGACGUGGAUUAUGCAUUUGUGGUUGCACUUAUUGCCAUUGUUGAUGCUAUAAAUAAUCCUGGUAGAAAGGAAGUUGCUACAAAUGCUGCAGCCAACGUUGCUACUGGAUUUACUACCGGAGUUGCUACUGAGUUGCUGCCGAAAUUGCAACAGGAGUUGCUGGUGUUGCGGCUCAAGUCGCUUGUGGAUUCAUAUUUUCUUAGGAGUAUGGGAGUAUUGGGUCGAUACUCGAUCCAUUUGUAAAUUCAUUGUGUACCUGUCACGCCUAUUACCGCAAAGUUUCUCUUUGA